UCGUGGCCCUACCAGCAGCAGGAAGCGGAACCGCCGUGCGAAUCAUUCCCCGCCAGUUUCUGCCCGAACCGGUGGUGGUGUUGCUCUACUGUGUCCGCGGUGACGACAUGGAGCCGGUGGCCGAGCAUCUGGUCGGCGACAUGUCGAAGAGCGAGAUCCUGAGGGGGAUCAUCACCGAGAAGCUGAGCACCGCCGCCCGGGAGAUCCUGGCGGUGGUGGAGAGGACCGUGUCCGGGUACGAGGAGGAGGCGGCGGGCUUCAGGCUGGAGGUGGAGCAGCAGAGGAGGCAGCUGGAGGCGCUGCUGCUGGUGUCCCACAUCAAACUGGAGGCAACAGAUGACCAGCAGCUGUUUCCCGUCUCCGAGCCGCCGCCGCCGCCGCCGGAGGAGGAGUCAGGAGGGGGAGAACCUGUCGAAGAGGAGCAACAGCACAAAUAUGAGCUGAGUGUGGAGGCGGACGGAGGAGUGAGUCUCCUCUGCUUCACCGGAGAAUACCAUGUGGAGGAGGAGUCCACUGAACAAGCUUUACCGACGCCCACAAAGGACCAGGAACCAAUCACGGAGCUGGAUAUUGACACAUUGACAGGGUCAUUUACUCCCUCAGUUCAGUCUUACAGGCGGAGCGCUGGCAGACAGCGCAUCAGUGAAGUAGAGAACCACGUAGAUCUCAGAAUCCGCAUCCUGGGGGACUCGCGGAUUAACACCCUCUCGAGUGAAGUGUUUCAGAAGUACCCGCUGCAGGAGCUGCAGUGUCGUCGUGGUCUCCAGGAGACGGACUUCCUGCACCUGCUCAGGUCCACCUUCCCUCAGCUGGCGGCCGACUUUGAUUUCUUCACGACCGACAGGAGCAGGAAGCUGCACCCGCUGAAGGUCGAGACGCUGACGCCGGAGGAGAUCCACCGCAGCAUCAGGUCCAACGGAAACUCCGCCCUCUACAUCCGACUGAAGAAGCAAGAGGAGCCCCAGGUCUCUGAGGAAGAGUUUCCUCCGUCACAGAGAGAAGCUGCAGCUGCUGAUUCUCCGUCCGGUCGCUCAGAAGUUCAGUCUGACAGGUGCAGGCCUCGGAUCAAGGAAACACGGAACCACAUCACUCUCAAGCUCCGCAUCCUGGAGGACCCUGAGACCCAAAUGCUCUCAAAUGAUGUAUAUCAGAUGUGCCCGCUGCAGCAGCUGCAGUGUCCUCGUGGUCUCCAGGAGCCGGACUUCCUGCACCUGCUCAGGUCCACCUUCCCUCAGCUGGCUGGAGAUAAACCGUUUGACGUCUUCACGUCUGAUAGACACAGGAAACUUCAUCCUCUGAGGGUCAAGAGUCUGACGCCAGAGGUGAUCAACAGGAGCAUCUUGACCUGUGGCCGUGCUUUCCUCUGCAUCCGACUGAAGCCUCUUGAUAAACUCGAGAGCAAAGAGGAAGAUCUUCCAUCCGCCGCUGAUCCAACCGGCCUGGACUCCAGAGAGAAGAAGUGGGGGCGACCUGGGAGCAUUAACUCAAAGAACCACAUCGAUUUCAAGAUCUGGAUCUUGGAGGAUUCGCAGAUCAAGAGACUCUCACUCGACAUGUAUCAGAAGCUCCCAGGGCAGAAGCUGCAGUGUCCUCGUGGUCUCCAGGACACAGACUUCCUACGCCUGCUCAGGUCCACCUUCCCUCAGCUGGCAGGAGAUAAACCGUUUGACAUCUUGACAGCUGACAGAUCCAGGAGGCUGCUGCCUCUCAGAGUCAACACGCUGACGCCAGAGGAGAUCAGCAGGAGCAUCAGUAGUUGUGGCCGUUCAUCUCUCUACAUCCGACCAAAGCAUCUGGAUGAACUCCAGAGCCGAGAGGAGCACGUUCCAUCUGCUGCUGAUCAAACCAACCUGAACACCAGCGUUCAGUCUGACAGGAAGAAGGUGGGCAGACCUCGCCUCGAGAGCUUGGAUUUCAAGAUCUGCAUCCUGGAGGACAGGCAGCUCAACAGGAUCUCAUUCAACAUGUUUCAGACGUGCCCGCUGCAGCAGCUGCAGUGUCCUCGUGGUCUCCAGGAGACGGACUUCCUGCACCUGCUCAGGUCCACCUUCCCUCAGCUGGCAGGAGAUAAACCUUUUGACUUCUUGAAGUCCGACAGAAGCAAGGAACUUCAUCCUCUGAGGGCCAAGACGCUGACGCCAGAGGAGAUCCACAGGAGCAUCGGCUCCAACGGACGUUCAAUCCUCUACAUCCAGCUGAAGGCUCCAGAAGAAGCUCAAUCCAAUAAGGAAACGUCUCGUGUCCUGCAGGGAGACGUUGACGCUGCUGAACAAACCAGACUGAGCAGAGACGACGUUCGGUCCAGCAGCUCAACGUCACAAGGACAAGAAGACGAGGACAUUGAAACAAAGGAAAACGAUAGCAAGUCGCUGGAUCGGUGGUCUUUGCACGUUUUUGACAGCGAGAGGGAAGAAGACGAGACGAUUGAGGAAGACAACGAUUGGAAACCAGACAAAAGUGAAAAGAAUCUGAGGAAAAGAGAGUCAGAGAAGACACAGAGGCUCCGAGUCAAACCAUCAGGCACCACAAUGAAGAGGAGGCGAAUCCUGUCGUCUCCGCCGGCAUCGUCUCCACUGGCAGCGUCUUCACGGGCAUCGUCUCCACGGGCAGCGUCUUCACGGGCAUCGUCUUCACGGGCAUUGUCUACACGGGCAUCGUCUCCACGGGCGGUUACUGCCGAAGGUGAGGUUAUUCCGUCCUGUAAAGUCUGUGGAGCUGUGCGUCGGUCAGUGAGCUUGGUGAUCAAACACGCCUGGAGUCACGUGGACGAUCCGGCGCGGCUCUGUGGCGUUUGUGGAAAAUGUUCGGAGUCCGUGGAGGAGCUGAGACGUCACCUUCAGAGUCACCAGAAGACUCACGGCUGUCACAUCUGUGGAAAGUUUUUCCUCUCCACCAACGGCCUGAAAGGACACAUCGCACGACACAACGGAGAGAAGCCGUACGAAUGUAACAUCUGCCACAAGGCGUUCACUGAGAACUGGGUGCUGAGCUCUCACAUGAUGAUCCACAGUGUCAAGACGUCGCACACGUGUGACGUUUGUCAAAAACCCUUCCCCUCGAAGAUGAAGCUCAAACUUCACCGUGCGGCGCACUCGGAACCGGCGGCGAGAGCGCGGUCGCACGUCUGCGAAAUCUGCAGCAGAAAGUUCCACACGUCCUGGAGGCUGCAGGCGCACACGAGGAGCCACAGCGGAGAGAGGUCGCACGCCGGCGGUAAACACAGCGGAGAGUUCUCGUCCAAGUCGAAGCUGAUGACUCGCAUCAAGAUCCACACGUUAUAAAUCCACCGUCUGCAGCUCGGCCUGACAACUUUUUAUUAAACUGAUCGAUUCAGCGUUUGUCACGUGAACAGAAAAAACGCUCACUGACGUUUUUAUUUUGUCAAAGCUUUAACUGUUGCUCUUGGAAAGAUUGAAAGUUCCACAUCUUCUCAGUGUUUUGCUAAAUUAAUGAAUCGAUUUUUCAAAACAGUUACAGGUUUUUAUUUUGGUGUUUGAUUGAUGAAUUCAUUUGUUUCUUCAUCGCGGACGCGUAUAAGCUCUUCAUCACACUCUAGAUUCUGUCCAAACCUAAACAUUUUAAAUGUGUAAUUUUAUCUUUUUGUCUGUUUGAACAAAGUUUGUUCCAAAGUAUGUUGAAGUUCUGUGAUGUUCGAUGCGUUACUCUGACCUGAAGUUAUACCAGUUUUUUUAUUUGGGGAAAAAAACAUGAAAAAUAAUAGAUUGAACAGUUUAUUUUGCUGGUUGUUUUUGCAGAUUCAGAUGAUCAGAUUUGAGCAGAUUACACAGAUUCUGGCACGUGUGUAAUCUGUGUAAAAGGUUUUGUUGAUUUAAUGUUUGAAAAAUAUAUUUUUUAAUCAA